AUGGCGCUACCCCACGGCGCCCUCAACUCCUUGCCACUGCUCGUCUUCGAACACCAGCCCGCACGGAACGAGACGACGGCGGCCACCGGAGACGAUGAUGAAGACACCCCCGAGAUGCUCAUGUUUAGCAUAUCGGAAGAGAGAACAUGCACGGAGCCGACACCCGCCAUGCUAUCCCCGCAGGACAACCAGAUAUGCUUCGCCACCCCGCAGGGCUGGAUCUUCAUCCUCCACGGGGCCGCCCCAUGGGAGACCUGGCUGUGGCAUCCGGUCACCGGAGAGACCAUACCCCUCCCGCCCAUACGAGACGACCACUACGUCCCCACCAACUGCGCCUGCUACCUCACCCACAGCUCCACGGCGCAUCCUGACUGCGCCGUCGUGCUGCUCGACGUCGCCGACCCUGACGUGUGGUUCUGCCGAAUCAAUGGAGGAAGCGGCAGGGAAUGGGCGCAGCACACGUAUGAUGUCGGCGGGUACACUCUCCCAGAGGGCGACGACGAUUGCACUUCCACUCUCCCGACCAAGAGAGUCAUAGCUGGUGUCGUCGCCGCCCUGGGAGGGAAGCUGCAUUUCAUCUUCUCGGAAUCAAACCAAUACAAGAUGGGCGUCGUUCACCUCGACUUCGGAACUCCUGCACUAGUGGGCGGC